AUGAACGCGCAUUCGGCCAGAGCGUUAAUCAGGGGGCAAUUGCUUGCAGGCGGUAGACGGGCAGUGGGAUCUGUGGAGAGGGAGCAGUACAGGUGCUUUUCGUGUACGGUGAGGCAGGCACAGCAGCAGCAAACGCCACCGAAAACUGCGCAGAAUAAAGAUGGAACUACGCACUUUGGGUUCGAAACGGUGGCAGAGGCGCUCAAGGAGCAGAAGGUGCGCGGCGUCUUCUCCUCUGUCGCCUCCUCCUACGACACCAUGAACGAUCUCAUGUCUCUCGGCAUCCACCGUCUCUGGAAAGACCACUUCGUACGAAACCUCAAUCCCGGCCGCAAUCCCCUCACAUCCGGGCCAUCGGAACAGAAGGGCUGGAACAUCCUCGACAUUGCUGGUGGCACUGGCGACAUUGCGUUUCGCAUGCUCGACCAUGCCUCAACCAUCAACCACGACGCACAUACGAAAGUCACGGUCGCCGAUAUAAACCCAGAAAUGUUGGCGGAGGGCAGAAAACGCGCGCUUGAGACACCAUAUGCCCGGUCAUCGCGCCUCAACUUCAUCGAAGCGAAUGCGGAGAAGCUGGACAUGAUACCGGACAGCAGCAUCGAUCUCUACACUGUGGCAUUCGGUAUCAGGAACUUCACACACAAGGAGGCAGCGAUUCGGGAAGCGUAUCGGGUGUUGAAGCCCGGUGGUGUCUUUGCUGUGCUUGAGUUCUCCAAGGUGAACAAUGGUCUAUUCGAUGCCGUGUACAAGCGCUGGAGUUUCAGCGCGAUUCCUCUAAUCGGGCAAUUAGUCGCUGGUGACAGGGACAGCUACCAGUACCUCGUGGAGAGUAUUGAGAGGUUCCCCAGCCAGACAGAGUUCAGAGAUAUGAUCAAGGACGCGGGCUUCUUGGUGCCUGGACAAGGUUGGGAAGAUUUGACUGGUGGUAUUGCAGCAAUACACAAGGGCGUGAAGCCGGCAUAA